ACACUCAAGAUUCGGAAGUCGGAAGCAGAAAACAGUCAGAAAACAGGGCAAGUAGCUUUAUGUGUGGGCAUGGAAGGCGUAUAACGCAAAUUUAAUGUUUACCGAGCUAGAAUUAAGAAAGCGCGUUGCAAUUUUUUCUACAGUUCGGUUGCAAUACACCUUGAUAGCUCGUUGGCUAACCGUAUUGACAUUUUAGAGCUAAUAAUCAUACUUUCACAUAUAACAUUAACUCCGUUUAAUAUAUCGUAAGCUGACGUGUAAGUUGUUCAGCUAACUUGCAUGCUCUUCUAUAUAAUACGACUAUGAAAGCUGUUAUUUUGGCCGCGGGAUACGGGACACGAUUGCUGAGAGAUGUAGAAAAUGAUAAAACCGGAAAAUUCCAACACCUCAUUGGAAUCCCCAAACCGAUGCUUCCUGUGGGAAACUGUGCUUUAAUAUCUCACUGGGUUAAUGCAUUUAACACCAGCGGGUAUGUGGAUGCCAUCUUUGUUGUCACCAACGAACUUUACCGUAAAAUAUUUGAGGAGUGGGCACGACCGUUUCCAAAUGUCAGUGUCCUUAGUGAUGGGACACAGAACAAUGAGGAACGCCUUGGUGCUGUGGCAUGUCUUCAGCUCGCAGUCAAACAUUUUCAAAUAGAGGACCACGUUAUAGUUAUUGGAGGGGACACCUUAUUCAAGGAGGAUUUCAGUCUCUCCAGAUUCACAAAGGAGUUUUUUGUUCAAAUGGAAAAAUGUGAUGAUGGUAAUUUGGUGCUAUCCUAUCAGUGCAAAGAUGAGGAGACUUUGAAGUACGGUAUUCUAGAAGUGAAUGACGACCUACGGGUUUUCUGCAUGAAAGAGAAGCCUCACCCCUCUGAAACAAACUCAAGGCGAGCUUGUCCCUGCUUCUAUAUGUUCUCAAAGAAAAGCAUUCCACUUCUGGACGAGUUCCUCCAUGAAAAGAAGGCGAGGCCCAUUGAAGAGAAAGACGCACCUGGAAACUUUUUGUCUUGGCUGAUACCAAGAAAACCUGUGUAUGUUCAAGAAGUAUCUGGCCGAUUUGACGUGGGAAACCUGCCUUCAUAUAUUGAAUGUGACACAUUUUUCAAAGAGAAUCUUUCAGGUGUGAAAACUUACUUGCAGUAGAAUAUGUAUAGUGGUUAGGGAGUGUUCAAUAGAAGAAUGUAGUUUCAAUUCUCCAGAUGAGACCAAAAUUAACAUGCAUUACUCCCCAAAAAAACUGCAUUAUGAAAAAUAGAGAUAAAACUUGUUUGCUUUUUCAACCAGCAAUGUUGCUACAAAAUAAAAUAAUGUAAUAUGUAAAUUAUAUUUGGGGCGUAGUGGUUAAGGUAAAUGACUGGGACCCACAAGGUCGGUGGUUCUAAUCCUGGUGUAGCCACAAUAAGAUCCGCACAGCCGUUGGGCCCUUGAGCAAGGCCCCUUAACCCUGCAUUGCUCCAGGGGAGGAUUGCCAAUAAUGUAAUAUAAUAUUUAGGUUAAUUGUCCUAAUUCCGUAGAAUCUUAAUAUUAUUUCUGCUUUUAAAUUAAAAGGUUUUGAAGAAGCCUAGCUAGCAUUUUCCUAAUGCUUCUAUUGAUAUACAACUGUGUUUUUAUAUAUUCUGUAUGUACUGUAUAUGAAUGCAUGGUUGUUGGCCAACAUAUCAUAGCUAUUUAUAUCUUGCAGACCUUUUAUCUUUUUUAUAUAACUGUGGAUUGCUUUAUCCUGUUUCAAUAUAUAAUCUUUGGUCUAGUGCCCUUUGGAAUUUUAACUAAAAAUUAAUUGCUAUUGCAGUCCGGCUGUGUACUUCAUUAACAACAUGUGAAUGCAAUGUCCUGUCAUAAAGAAAGUUUGUAUUUAGCUGUUUUUCUUUUCACAUUGUUUUAUAGUACGGCAAUGUUGAUGGCAAAGUUGUGAAAUGCAGCUGGUAUUCUUACCGGUUACACCAUGUUACAUUAGUUUCAGUUUAUGCCAUCAGGUAAACGGAAACAAGUCCCACAGUACAGAAGGAAUCAAGCAAUUUAUCCCGGAAUCCAUUCAAAUGCUGAAUGCGAGGUUCAACAAUGCAAUUUGAAAUUUGAUGGUGAAGGGUUUAAUCGGGGAGAUAUCUACAUGGAUGUAAUAUCUACAUUAUGUUUUGUGUGGAUAUACGGAGUUGUACUACUGUCCGUAAGUAUUUGGACAGUAGUACAAUAUCUGUUCUUUUGGUUCUGUACUUCACCACUUUGGAUUUGAAAUUAAACUGAAUAUGAGGUUAAAGUGCAGACUGUCACCCUUAAUUUGGUGACAAUGCAUCUUGAAAUGAUAUUUUGGUACAUGGUUCGAAUGCAAUAGAAUCAAUAUUAGCUUCAAAUAUUACUUCUACUUUUAGAUGAAGCCAGCAUCAUGUUGUAUCAUAAAUAUGAGUGCUCAGUUGAUUUUUAUAUGGCAAAAUUACAAGGCCUUUUUCUGCAAUAAGCUCUGCGGACAGAGAUGACU